AAAGAGCAAUCAUGCAGUUUCAGUACUUAGUCCUCGAGUUGGAAGACUGAGCACACUAAGCUGGUCUGUAGGUGACAAGUAAAUACUGCAGUCCCACCUACAGAAGAGAUAACACUGAAUUAGCCUAAUAGCUGAUCUGUCUCCUGCUUUUUGGGUUGUUUUGUGAAAGUGUGGGAGAAUGGCUGAUAAGACAAGACAGUCAUUUCCUCUUGAAGACUCCAUCUGUGCACUUUGUGAGGAUUAUUUAACCGUCCCUGUGAUUCUAAGAUGCUGCCACAGAUUGUGUAAAAGCUGCCUACACAGUUACUGGGAGUUAACAGGGUCCCUCAGAUGCCCUGUUUGUUUGAGAGAACCAUCAUGUGAAGUGCUCUUACGCAGCUUGGGUUCCACGCCUGUUUCAAAGGGUGCAAAGGCUGCCAGCUUUAACCUGCUUGUGGUGAAGAAUACAGGAAGUGAACUGCAGGCACAACCAAAGAUGGGGCUUCCAAGAGCUGUGAGCACUGUGGCAUCAGCUGGAAGUGAGAGGAGUGGCACUCUAAACCAGAUGUGGAUGAAGAUCAAAUAUGGACCAAUAGAUCAGAAGAUAUCAGCUACUUUUGACUUGGAAGAAACCAUCACAUAUGGGUUUAAACCAGAGAUUGAGCAGUCCAGGAGAAACAAAUUAAAGGAUGAUGAGCAGCUUGUAAAUUCUGAACUUUGUUGCCGCAACCGAAAACCAGAUUCCACUGAUCAGCUGACAUCAAGCAAAGUUGCAAUGAGUCCGAAAAUAGCACAAACUAGCCUAAAUACCCAGUCUCCUGUUACGGGGUUGAGGUCCAACCUGUGUACUGAGUGUGGCAAGAGUUUCAAGAGCAAAUCUGCCCUGAAAGCCCACCGGAAAUCCCACUCCCUACGGCGGCCGCAUCAGUGCCCCACCUGUGAAAGACAAUAUGCUAGCAAGCAUGAGCUUGCAUUGCAUAUGCGGCUACAUAAGGAUGAGAAGCUGUUCCACUGCUCGUACUGCAAGAAGAAGUUCAUCAGGAAGAGUGGCCUGGAGACCCACGAAAGGAGCCACACCGGAGAGAAGCCUUUCACCUGUUCCCUUUGUGGGAAAAGCUUCAGUCAGAGGAACACUCUUAAAUUGCACCUGCAGAGGCAUGAGGGUGUGAAGCCGCACCAGUGUGACCACUGCGGAAAGCUCUUUGUCACGGCAGCGUCCUUGAGGGAUCAUAGGUUAACGCAUACGGAAGAGAAGCCCUUUCCUUGCCCUCAGUGCGACAAGAGGUUCGGCCGGAAGAAUGACCUGAAUAUUCAUUUGCACAGUCACUCGGGACAGUUGCCCUUCGGCUGCACAGUGUGUGGGAAGCGCUUUCUGAGGAAGCCGAGCCUCACCAUGCAUGAGCUCAUUCACAAAGAGGACCGUCCCUUCCAGUGCCUGCUCUGUGAUAGCAGUUUCCGGAGAGGCUCCCACCUCGAUGCGCACAUUAAGACCCACUCUACCGACAUGCCGUACAAAUGCUCGUAUUGUGGCAAAUCCUUCAAGCAACCCUAUAGUGUCGUACUUCAUGAGCGCAUUCAUACGGGAGAGAAACCCUACAGUUGUGACCAGUGUGGGAAGCGUUUCAUAUCGUCGGGUGAUCUGUCGAAACACCGGCGUGUCCACGUGGCGACGAAAGAGUACAAGUGCUCUCAUUGCGAGAAGAGCUUUCGUUACGGAGCCUCCCUGACGAUCCACCUGAGGACACACACAAACGAGAGACCUUACGAAUGCCGGCAGUGCGGUAAAACCUUCGCAGCUUCAUCGCGUCUGCGGUCCCAUGAAGCAGUGCACAACAAUGAGCGACGCCACCGUUGCUCAGAAUGCGGCCAGGGUUUCAACAACCACAGCACCCUGAGAAACCACCGGAUGACCCAUGGCCCCAGAACGCAGUUUACUUGCACCACCUGCGGGAAGAACUUCUCUCGCAAGGACACCUUCACAGAGCACCAAGCGAUUCAUUCAGGCACCAAAGUCUUCGACUGCCCCGAGUGCGGGAAGAGCCUGAGCUGCUCCAGCAGUUUUCGGCUACACGUGCAGAGUCACACUCAGAAGACGAUGUACCCCUGCAUUGAUUGUGACAAGAGUUUCAGCAGCAAGUCUUACCUAAUGAAACACCAGCAGAAGGUGCAUGCUACAUAGACACCAUAUGCUUGUUCAAAGUGCGGAGAGAGUUUUAACUCCCCUGGGAAAUUGGCUACGCAUGAGCUGAAACAUUCAAAAAAGAAGGAACAUGUGUGCUCGCAGUGUGGGAAGGCUUUUAGACAUCAGUGCCAGGAAUGUGGGAGACCAUUUACAAGGAAGGACAGCCUGAGGUGUCAUCUAAAGACUCAAGAAGUGAAAAACUGAGCAAGUUUUGCUGACAAUUCUAAAUCUUUCUUGAAGUUUUUAUUGCCCAUUUAAGAUGACAACCAGUUUUUACACUUGUGCACAUUUCAAUUCACAGUUCUUGUUUAUUUGCUGAAUUUAACAUAUUGCAAAAAGUUAUAUUUUAUUUUUUAUUUUCUUUCCAAUAUGUUGAACUUGUGUCUUCUUUGUAGAUGAUGUGUUAACUUAUUUUCAAAUAGAAACAAUAUUAACACCAGUGCACUCCCCACCCCAGAGGUUUCGGUUUAUACUUUUUAGGGCGGGUGUCGGCAACCCAAAAGUGAAGAAGAGCCAUUUUGUCCUUUCAACAAAAAUUAAACCACCUUGGAACCCACAACAUUUUAUGCCACUUUAUUGAAGUAACGUUUUACCAUUUUGGCUGAA